CGCCAGCGCCAGUGACGCGCUGGCCGCUCCCCCUUCCUCUGCAUUCGCGCUAGGGGUUGGGGGCGCUAGGGUGCAUAGUGGUCCGCUCGGAGUCCUAAGCAGUUGUCCGCGUAUCCCCGAGUCCAGAACAAGCGUCGCGAAACAGAAGGACGUGGCAGGCAGGAUGUCAUUUUCAAAAUGCGAGAUGAUGCCUCUGCCUCAUUAAUUGCCAAAGGAAGGUUGCUACACCUAGACCGAUGCUUGUCGAUCAUCACCGUUAUUUCGGCUAACGCCCUGUGUCAUUGAGUAUAUCUGUUAAGAUGCCUUAGAAAAAGAACCAUGGAGAAGUAUAUUAGACUACAGAAGAUUGGAGAAGGUUCAUUUGGAAAAGCUAUUCUUGUUAAAUCUACAGAAGAUGACAGACAAUAUGUUAUCAAGGAAAUUAACAUCUCAAGAAUGUCCAAUAAAGAAAGGGAAGAGUCAAGGAGAGAAGUUGCAGUGUUGGCAAACAUGAAGCAUCCAAAUAUUGUCCAGUAUAGAGAAUCAUUUGAAGAAAAUGGUUCUCUCUACAUAGUGAUGGAUUACUGUGAAGGAGGCGAUCUGUUUAAACGAAUUAAUGCUCAGAAAGGCAUUUUGUUUCAAGAGGAUCAGAUUUUGGAUUGGUUUGUGCAGAUAUGUUUGGCCUUGAAACAUGUACAUGAUCGAAAAAUUCUUCAUCGAGACAUAAAGUCACAGAACAUAUUUUUAACCAAAGAUGGGACAAUACAACUUGGAGAUUUUGGAAUCGCUAGAGUACUUAAUAGUACUGUGGAACUGGCUCGAACUUGCAUAGGGACCCCAUACUACUUGUCACCUGAAAUCUGUGAAAACAAACCUUACAAUAAUAAAAGUGACAUUUGGGCUCUGGGGUGUGUCCUGUACGAAAUGUGCACACUUAAACAUGCAUUUGAAGCUGGCAGUAUGAAAAACCUGGUACUGAAGAUAAUAUCUGGAUCUUUUCCACCUGUGUCUUUACAUUAUUCUUAUGAUCUCCGCAAUUUACUCUCUCAGUUAUUUAAAAGAAAUCCUAGGGAUAGACCAUCAGUCAACUCCAUAUUGGAGAAAGGUUUUAUAGCCAAACGCAUUGAAAAGUUUCUCUCACCUCAGCUUAUAGCAGAAGAAUUUUGUCUAAAAACAUUUUCCAAGUUUGGAGUGCAGCCUAUACCAGCUAAAAGACCAGCUUCAGGACAAAGCUUGGCUUCUGUUGUGUCUGCUCAGAAAAUUACAAAGCCUGCCGCUAAAUACGGAGUACCUUUAACAUAUAAGAAAUUUGGAGAUAAAAAAUUACAUGAAAAGAAACCACUUCAAAAACAUAAACAGGCCCAUCAAAUUCCAGUGAAGAAAGUGAAUCCUGGAGAAGAAAGGAGGAAAAUGUUUGAGGAAGCAGCAAGAAAGAGAAGGUUGGAAUUUAUUGAAAAAGAAAAGAAACAAAAGGAUCAGAUUAGUUUAAUGAAGGCUGAACAGAUGAAAAGACAGGAAAAGGAAAGGUUGGAGAGAAUAAAUAGGGCCAGGGAGCAAGGAUGGAGAAACGUGCUAAGUGCUGGUGGAAGUGGUGAAGUAAAGGCUCCCUUUUUUGGCAGUGGAGGGGCUGUGGCUCCGUCACCUUUUUCUUCUAGAGGACAGUAUGAACAUUAUCAUGCUAUUUUUGAUCAAAUGCAACAGCAAAGAGCAGAAGAUAAUCAAACUAAAUGGAAAGGAGAAAUAUAUGGCCGAAGACAUCCAGAAAGAGGAAUUUCACCUGGACUACAUCUAGGAUUUCCUAAUGGGGCUAUAGGUCAUCACCAUUUCCCAAAUCCUGAUGCUAUUAGAAAAUCUUUGAAAAGAUUGAAGAUUGUAUCUAAACAAGCCAAUACAAACAGGCAAAAAGGGCAACUAGCUGUGGAAAGAGCUAAACAAGUGGAAGAGUUCCUACAGCGAAAACGGGAAGCACGGCAAAAUAAAGCUCGAGCCGAAGGGCAUAUGGGAAUCCUGCAAAACCUGGCAGCUAUGUAUGGAGGCAGGUCCAGCUCUUCAAGAGGAGGGAAGCCAAGAAACAAAGAGGAAGAGGUUUAUCUGGCAAGACUGAGACAAAUAAGACUGCAGAAUUUCAAUGAGCGCCAGCAGAUUAGAGCCAAACUUCGUGGUGAAAAGAAAGAAGCUGAUUGUUCUGAAGGACAAGAAGGAAGUGAGGAGGCUGACGUGAGGCGUAAAAAAGUUGAAGCACUUAAGGCCCAAGCAAGUGCACGUGCUGCUGUACUAAAAGAACAAUUAGAACGAAAGAGAAAGGAAGCAUAUGAGAGAGAAAAGAAAGUAUGGGAAGAGCAUUUGGUGGCUAAAGGAGUUAAGAGUUCUGAUAUGUCUCCGCCACUGGGACAACCUGAAGCAGGUGGCUCUCCAUCAAAGCAACAGAUGAAAUCUGUUAUUUCUGUGACUUCAGCUUUGAAAGAAGUGGGUAUGGACAGUAGUUUAACUGAUACCCAGGAAACCUCAGAAGACAUGCAGAAGACUAACAAUGCUAUUUCAAGUAAGCGAGAAAUACUCCGUAGAUUAAAUCAAAAUCUUAAAGCUCAAGAAGAUGAAAAAGGAAAGCAAUGUCACUCUGAUACAUGUGAAGUGGUCGUUAGUGAAGAUGCCAAAGAGCCCGAAAAGGAAAAAUCGGUUUCAUCUGAUCGCAAGAAAUGGGAGGCGGGAGGGCAACUUGUGAUUCCCCUGGAUGAGUUAACAUUGGACACAUCCUUCUCUGCAACUGAAAAACAUACAGUGGGAGAGGUUAUCAAAUUAGAUCCUGGUGGGUCUCCAAGAAAAGUCUGGGGGAGAAGCCCUACAGAUUCAGUUCUGAAGAUACUUGGAGAAGCUGAACUACAGCUUCAGACAGGACUACUAGAAAACACAACCAUUAGACGUGAGAUUUCUCCUGAAAGGGAGAAGUACAAACCUUUAAUUACUGGAGAAGAAAAAGUAAAAUAUAUUUCACUUGAAAUGAAUCCAUCAGCUACUGUUGAUUCUUCUGAUGAAACAAACAGUCCAGAGUUUAAUGAGGCAUCUCCACAGACGUCACUGAAACCAGAAGGAAAUGUGGAUGAACCUGAUGGCUUGGAAACAGAAGUUCUACAAGAGCCAGAUGGAGCAAACAAAAAUGGUAGCUUGCCAUGCACGAUUAUUGAUGUAUGGAUUAGUGAGAUAAAAGAUACAAAGGAAACUGAGUUGGAAGAUAAGAUCAUUGUUCAGCAAGAUGAAGUUACUGAAGAUGGAAUCCCAAGGAAUGUGGACCACCUUAGUGAAGUUGAUAUAAGAACUGAAAUAGAUGAUUCUCAGCACUCCAAAUGUGAUGUAGAUAAAUCUGUGCAACCAGAACCAGUUUUCCAAAGAGUGGUUCUUCCAAAACACUUGAACGUAGUCUCUCAAAUUCAAUCAAUUCUGUGUUCACCAGAAGAAUCCUUUCCACUUCGAUCUCGCUCUGAUUCACCACCAAAAAAUAAAAACAAAAAUUCCUUGCUGAUUGGACUUUCAACUGGUCUAUUUGAUGCAAACAACCCAAAGAUGUUGAGGACAUGUUCACUUCCAGAUCUCUCAAAAUUGUUCAGAACACUGAUGGAUGUUCCCACUGUAGGAGAUGUAUGUCAAGACAAUCUUGAAAUAGAUGAAAUUGAAGAUGAGCAUAUUAAAGAAGGACCUUCUGAUUCUGAAGACAUUGUAUUUGAAGAAACUGACACAGAUUUACAAGAGCUUCAGGCCUCUAUGGAACAGUUACUUAGGGAACAACCUGGAGAAGAAUACAGUGAGGAGGAAGAAUCCAUCUUAAAAAACAGUGACAUAGAGCAGACUGCAAAUGGGACAGAUGUAGCAGAUGAGGAUGACAAUCCCAGCAGUGAAAGUGCCCUAAAUGAAGAAUGGCAUUCAGAUAACAGUGAUGGUGAGAUUACUAGUGAAUGUGAAUAUGAUAGCGUCUUUAAUCAUUUAGAGGAACUGAGACUUCAUCUGGAGCAGGAAAUAGGCUUUGAAAAAUUCUUUGAGGUUUAUGAGAAGAUAAAGGCUAUUCAUGAAGAUGAAGAUGAAAAUAUUGAGAUUUGUUCAACAAUAGUUCAGAAUAUUUUAGGAAAUGAACAUGAACAUCUUUAUGCCAAGAUUCUUCAUUUAGUCAUGGCAGAUGGAGCCUAUCAAGAAGGCCUCCUUGGAGUUCCCUGUGCUUCUUGGACCUGGAUCUCUACUUCCUUCCCCAGAUAAUGAUGAAUAAUUAUUGGAAAAUUCUUUAAUCCUCAACUGUAUGAAAGCAUUUACAUUUGGCUCAUCAGAAAAACAAGCUGCAGUGGGAAAUAUAGCAGUUUUAUACAAAUAUCAGAUUUAAGGUGGGCACGCUGACUGCAUGAAAAAGAUGGAGAAACAUGCCAUUUUUCAAUUAAGAUUCUAGUAUUUUAUCUAUUUUAUUUUGUUCAUUAAGUUCUAUAGUUACCUGUUACAGAAUAUUUAUUAAAUUAUCCAACCAAAGCAUAAGAGACAUUGAUCCAGAACUGGACUUAAUGGUUUUGAAAAAGAUUUACCAGUGCAGUAAGGUAACUUUCAAUUUCAGCAAGUGUGUUUAGGUUGAAAGAAUUACUUAAGUUAUGAAAGACUUGCCUCUGGUUUUUCAUUUAAAUAUUUAAGCAUGACCUUUUUUUUCUGUCUACAUGUUUUCAUAGCCAGCAGUUUGGUGUUAUUAUAAUAACCUUGUCAAGGGCUCUAUUUAAAUUUUUACAUUUUAAAGAUGGAAUUUUUAGCCUUAAAGUUUAUAUUCUCAGUCCUUUUUCAACCAGUGUGUCUCCUGAACUAGCUCAGUGGAACAGGCUAUAGAAAUGGUCUUAGAAAUCAUUGAAAAAUUUGAUUAUGGAAAAAUAGCAAAAUUUUAUUUCCUGAUAUUGAAAAAAGUUGGUUAAUUACUUGUUUCUUUUUAAGGACCAGAAUCAGGAAUAUUAUAUCUAAAAAUCAGUCUGUGAAUUUUAACAGCGACAUAGCAUAUAUCAUAAAGUUGCCCUUUUUGCUUUAACUUCCUCUCGUGUAUAUGCUUCCAAGGCAGUACAGAAAAAGGAGAAAGGAAUCAUUUUUAUUUUGACACUGUGACAGUUUGGGUAACUAAUAUUCCAAAGGGGGGAAAUGUUUGCCUAUUUUAUUUCCAUUAUGGUCAUUAAAAUGAUGGUCACACAGUUUCGACUGCAAUAUGCCAGGUUUCAUUAGAGAUGUCUUAAGUCCAGAUGCUUUUAGUAAUAAAAGCAUAAUUUUUGAAACCCAGAGUACAGAGCAGCCCGAUUGGCAUAAUCUGUAAUUUGAACAGUAAAAUCUUAUCUUGCAGCACUAUCAGGACUGUGCUGAGUUUAUUAUGUAUAUUAUUUCUAACAUCCAAAACUAAAUAUUUGAUUUUUAUAUGUUUGUUUAUUUUAUGAUAUUACUAUUAAAAUUUAUAUUCUCUACCUGAAGUACA